CCAGUCUAAUCCGAUUCAAACCGCCCGUUCCCCGUGUCCGUGCCAAGCAAGCCGAGCCCAACCCCCAAGAGCCAGCUGCUCGGUGCUCCACGCGAUGGCGCAGAAGGAGACUAAUGGCAGCAACGGCGAUCACAUCUCCACCCGCCCGCCGCCGACCCCCUCGCCCCUCCGCUUCUCCAAGUUCUUUCAGGCUAACCUGCGGAUCCUGGUCACUGGUGGGGCGGGCUUCAUCGGCUCGCACCUCGUAGACAAGCUCAUGGAGAACGAGAAGCACGAGGUCAUUGUUGCUGAUAACUUUUUCACUGGUUCAAAAGACAACCUGAAGAAGUGGAUUGGCCACCCAAGAUUUGAGCUCAUCCGUCAUGAUGUCACCGAGCCGCUUCUUGUGGAAGUUGACCAAAUCUAUCACCUUGCUUGCCCUGCUUCACCAAUCUUCUACAAGCACAACCCUGUUAAGACCAUCAAGACAAAUGUUAUUGGUACCCUGAACAUGCUAGGACUUGCAAAGAGAGUUGGAGCUAGGAUUUUGUUGACAUCAACCUCUGAAGUUUAUGGUGAUCCACUUGAGCAUCCUCAAACUGAGGCCUACUGGGGCAAUGUUAACCCGAUUGGUGUUAGGAGUUGUUAUGAUGAGGGUAAGCGUGUAGCAGAGACGCUGAUGUUCGACUAUCACAGGCAGCAUGGCAUUGAAAUCCGGAUUGCCAGGAUUUUCAACACCUAUGGGCCUAGGAUGAACAUUGAUGAUGGCCGUGUUGUUAGCAACUUCAUUGCUCAGGCUGUGCGCGGUGAGCCCCUGACUGUCCAGAGGCCAGGAACACAGACUAGGAGUUUCUGCUAUGUUGCCGAUAUGGUUGAUGGUCUUAUUAAGCUGAUGAAUGGAAACAAGACUGGACCGAUUAACUUGGGGAACCCAGGUGAAUUCACCAUGCUGGAACUUGCUGAGAAUGUGAAGGAGUUGAUCAACCCAGAUGUGACAGUGACGAUGACCGAGAACACUCCUGAUGAUCCCCGCCAGAGGAAGCCGGACAUCACAAAGGCGAAGGAAGUUCUGGGAUGGGAGCCCAAGAUCGUCCUGCGGGACGGCUUGGUGCUCAUGGAGGAUGAUUUCCGGGAGCGCCUGACCGUGCCCAAGAAAACCAAGGCCUAAAUUGCCCUGCAGUUGGGGAAGAAUAUCCACACGGGGAAGCAUACUCAUAGUCGGGCUCGUCAUUAUUUGUGGCCACAUUUCAUUACGGAAUUUGAGUUCCAAUAAACUUAAUAUUCCUUUGUCGUUCACCUUGAAGGAUUGUAUUAUUAGAAUUUUCAUACAGGGCUGGCCAUUCGAGUCUCUGCCUACGCAGAUCUUGUGGUACUUGUGUUUGUAGCCAAUGUGUGAGUAAAAGUCGAUUAUAGCAAUGUUGAUGCCAUUUUGGGCUUAUUGUUC